AUGUCAACAAUUAUUAGAAAUAAAAAGCAAUCGGAGACAGAAACCAUACCAGAACACACAACUUCAACUCUUCCCGGUGAUAAAUUACCAAAGGAAGAAUGUUUAAAACUUUCACUUGAUGAAUUAGCUGUGUUUAAAGAAGCGUUAAAUUAUGUUGUAGUUCGUACAUCCCCGAAUUCAGUUAAUGAUAUCGAAAUACUUUAUCCUAUUAACAUACCAAAAGAAUUUGUUGUUAAUCCAGAAUUGGAAAAGGUAGAAAUUAUUAAAGACGAUAAAAAAGAUGUUGUCAAUCAAAUCGUAAAUAUACCCGAAUUAAGUGGUGAAGAAGAACCAAUUUUACAUGCAAUAUAUUCAAAACAAGUCAUAAGAAACGGCGAUUCUCCAUUGUAUCAUUGUAUACUUAGGCAAGUAUAUAAUGAUUUUAUAAUAGGAGAAGCGAAGCGUAUUUCUUUGGUAGGAGAACCAUUGAUCAUUAUUCACACCCUUCAAAUGGAAACUGAAUUACGUAGAACAGGCACAUUUAGUAAUACCUGGCAUUUUGAUUUUGAAGGGAGAGAUUAUAGGUGGAAACCAACCUUAUUUGGUUCAAAAGAUUCUGAUUUAAUUUGUGAAAUAAUCGAAUAUGAUUUAUCUAGUGUAAUUAAGAGAAAGAAGAAGAAAGAGGUUGUUGCUACUUUGAAGAGGAAACAUGAGGAUUGGAAUAUGAUUGGUGAUUUAUGUAUUUUGACAAAUGCUUGGCGGGAUGUUAGAGAUCAUCGUUCUCUGGAAAUUGUUUUGGUUCUUUGCUGUUUAAUCAUGUUAGAUAUCAUUGAAUCCUAA